UUCCGUGUGAACCACAACAGAUAACAUUUAAAAUAUUGCUUACCUCUGUAUACCACUUCGCUAGCACCAGCACUGUCAUGUCAGUUCGCCAUCCGUACAGUCCCACUUCAAGUACACCGGGCUUUAUUCCAUGUACACCCAUUCCUCAACAACUCUUGGAUCCCAUUCCUCAAAGAGUUCCUGAUUUGAUAGCUCAAAGAAUGCCCGAUUCGGUUCCUCAAAGAAUUCCCGAUUCAGUUCCUCAAAGACUUUUGGAUCCUAUUCCUCAAAGAGUUCCUGAUUCGCUGCCGAUGACAAAGACUGGAUCGAGAAAUGAGACGAAGUUGUCGUCACCAAGUUCGAACAGUUACGCUGACUUUUCUAAAUAUCUGUCUGCUGUUUCGCCGGUAAACCCACUGCCUCGCGGCAGUCCGCUACAGAGUCCCAGCAGUGCGUUCAGUUGCUAUGGCAGCCCGAUGGGUUAUCUCAGUCGACUACAGAGUCACCCGAUGUUCCACGAUCUACAGGUUCUGCUGUCUCAAGAAUGUCAACAUCUACAGGUUCCCGCCAGUCUGAUCACAACCCACUGGAAUGCGAGUUUCCCGUCCACCACCACGCCUGUCGGUAACACGGCCCACGAGGUGAUCCGGCACCACAUCGACCUGCAGGACUCCUUCCUCCGUCUCCAUGCCAACCCGGCGUGCCGCGCCUCCAGUCUCCAGCUCGAGAACCUGUACUGCUGUGAGGUGGGGCGCAUCGAGAUGGGGCGCUACCAGGCUCUGUGCUCGGGCCAGGGGAGACAGUCAGUGAACAUUUUCUACGACGAGGAGAGGGUCAGGCUAGCGUGUAGGACCCGAGACAAGAUGGAGCAGAUUUCGCCGUUAAGUGCGAGGUCUGUUACGAGUGUUGCUGGAGGAAGGUUGGCAAUGGGGAUGGAUCUGUCAGAGUCACGAGGUGGACCUGUCAGUGAUCAGGCUCAUUUAUCAGCAGCAGCAACAUCUUCAUCAUCAGCAGCAGCAGUAGCAUCAUUCACAUCUUCAUCAUCAUUGGCCACCUCAACAACAACAGCUCCUGUUCAACUGACAUCAGCAAAAUCAUCAUCAUCCUUGGCCACCUCCUCUACAGCACCAGUCCAGUUGACUUCUUCAACAACAGCAGCAGCAGCUUCAGCAUCAUCAACAUCUUCACCAUUCCCACCUGGAGCUCCUGUUCAACUGAUAUCAACCUCAACAUCAGGCCCAGUUUUAGAAUCACCUUCCAUCUCUGAUUUUGCUUCUGGAGAUCAGUUUGUUGUCACCCACACAAAAAUACCUUCAUCUUUAAGCAUCACCUCAUCCUCGAGCAUCAGCUCAUUCUCCUCUCACCUGUCCGGCCAUGCUGCAGCUGUUUCUAGUUCGGUCAUCACGUCCACUUCAAGUCCAUCAGCGAACAAGAACUCUUCCAGGAUGUCCUUUAAGAUUGAGGAUUUUUUAGAUGUCAGUGGAUCCUCAUCAUCUCCAGAUGCAGAAAGAGAGUCUGUUGAAGCUGAUGAUUCAGAGAGUCAGGGAUCAGCUGAAGAUACGAGUCCUGUACAAAAUACUUCAACUUCCAGCACAGACGUGAAAAUAUCUUGUAAUGGGAUCAGUUCCAUGUCUAACACUUCUGCUUCCAGUGAUGGUAUGAGCACACUCUGUAAUGACAUCAGUCCAACAUCUUCAGCUUUCAGCAUUGACAGAGAAACAUCCCAUGAUGGCAUCAGUCCUGUGUUGAACACUUCAUCUUCCAGCGUUGGCAUGAAAAUACCCUGUAACAACAUCAGCCCUACGAUUUCAACUUUCAGCAUUGCUAUGAAAACACCCUCCGACAACAUCAGUCCCGUACUGAAUACCUCAGCUUCCAACAUCGUUAUGAAAACGUCGUGUAACGACACAAGUCCAGUCUCGGACUUCCUUUCGCCCGGAGACGACAGCCGAGGUCUGAUGAUGUUCACCCCGCCGAUGAUGCUGACCCCGCACGAGCAGACGCGACAGCAACGCCUGAACACGACACGGGUCCUCACCGACUGGUAUGACACUCACGUGCGCUACCCCUACCCAUCGGAUCACGACGUCUCCGUCCUCUGUGACCUCACCGACAUCAAACCGUCGCAGGUGCGCAAGUGGCUGGCCAACAAACGUGUGCGCUCGUUCAACACCCUGUCUAUCACCGGCAACGACCAUCCAAUCAAAUACAAGUACCAGAACAAAGAAGGAGCUGGAGUCACGAUGAUGCAGGCUCCGACGCGCAGACCGCAGUACAAGGUGUUGAAUAACGACGCGAAGAGGAUCCUAGCCGAUUGGUUCGACGAUCACGUGCUCAACCCUUACCCAACGGAGGAGGAGAAGGAGGAGUUGUCUCGCCGUGCUGAGAUCUCCGUCAGUCAGGUCAAGUCGUGGUUUGCCAACAAGCGCAGUCGCACGAACAACACCCGUAGACAGAUCCCGAAUUACUUCAUCAAGAAGUACCCCAACUGCACGCCCAUGGUACAGAUGGUGGUGGACCAGCGCCAACAGAGGAAACAGGCCAGUCAGUUCGAUAAGAUCAGAGUUUCGUUGUUUUCAUCUUAGAUUUGGUGGUGUGUCUCUUCGAACAUUGGUGCUAGAAACAGUUAAAUUAUAGACCUCCGUUAAAAAAUAUUUGUUUAUGAAGGAACAUUCGUAAUCUGUUUUGUGUGAAGCAGGAAUAUAUAUACAGAAAGAGACAUGUUCAGGCAGUGACUUGUUUAUCAUUAAUCAUGUGGUCUAGACUAAGUGUACAAAUUGAAAAUAAAUAUUGGGUGGGGUUUUCCCUACAGGUUUGUUACAUAAAUAGAACACUGUUACACACCCAGAAUAUUGUUACAGUUGUAGAACAUGGUUGCACUUGCAGAAGACUCAGAGAACAUUGUUACCCUUGGAGAACAUUGUUAUGCUUGAGAAAUACAUGUAUUAUGGACUUUUGAAAACAAUUGAUUCCAUUUUUUUCUUUUAUAUAUUGGUGAGAACGAAAAACUUUUACAAGGAUUAUUAUUACUGUUAAUAUGUUUUAGAAUUUUUUCGUUUUCAUUGACAAAUGAUUACACAUUUUAUAACCAUCAGACAGAACCUUC